GGCCCCCAAUGCAGAUCUUUGUUCAGGAGACAGCAGAGCUAGGAGCAAAUAGGACUCUGCUGGCUGCAGAACUCCCACCAUGAAGUUUUCUUCCAGCAUCUUCUUUCUUGGGUGUUGGCUGACCAGGCAGUGGCAAACGUCUAGAGGACAGCUUUAUCCAAAGCCUUCCAUCUUAGUGAUACCCAGUCCUCAGGUCAUCCUAGGGACAAAUUUCCAGAUCCGCUGUAGUAAUGAACAUUACCAAAAAGCAACCUUCUAUCUCUCCAAGGAAGGGACUUCAGGAAAUUUGCUUUCUAAGGCUGCUUUAUUGUAUAGUGCUGUAUUUUUCAUUUCUAACGCCAAGCUAACAGAUGGAGGAGUCUACCAGUGUGCAUAUUGCUUCGAUCUAAACCAUGAUAAAAAUUGCUCAAGUUCCAGUGACAGAGUUACCAUCAACAUAGCAGAACAAAUUUAUCCCAAGCCUUCCAUCUCAAUGAGCCCAGGUGAGGUGGUCACCCUGGGGGGAAAUGCCACCAUCCACUGUAAUAGUGAUGAAUACCGAAAAGCACAAUUCACUGUACGCAAAGAAGGGUCUUUUGGUAUCCAGAAGACAGAAUCAGGCGGUAUUUUAUUUCCUAUUAUCAAUGCUAAACUAUCAGAUGCAGGCAGCUACCGUUGUAUCUAUUGCUUCAAAUCAGACUCGGACUUCCAUCAACUAUGCUCAGCCUUCAGUGACAGAGUGUCCAUCAACAUGACAGAUCCUGGGCUCUCUAGACUCUAUAUCAAAGUGAGACCAACAGAGCAGAUUUCUCUGGGGUCAAAUAUCAGCAUUGAGUGUCAGGGCGAAAAGAAUCGUCUGACCUUUUCCUUGCACAAAUCAAGCAGUCUGAUAGCAUCACAGAUGACACAACGAAGCAGCAACACAACUGAGUUCUUUUUCUCCCAAGUGAGCUUGCAGGAUGGAGGGAACUACACCUGCCAAUACUACAGAAUAAAUCCCUAUGUGUGGUCAGAGCCAAGUGACCCCAUGAAGCUGGUUGUGAUAGAUCCCCGUUUCUCUAAACCCUCCAUCAAAGUGAGAAUCGUACAGCAUUUUGACCUGACGUUUACUGUCACCAUCGAAUGCCAUGGGCUGAGCAAUGGUCUGAUCUUCGCUUUGCACAAAUCAAAAUAUCCCAGAGCACCCCAAUGGAAAGAGCCAGAUGGAAACAUGGCUGAGUUCUCUGUGGAGAGGUUGGGGGAUGCAGGGAGCUAUACGUGUCAGUAUCACCACAGAAGAAAUCCCUUUGUGUGGUCAGAGCCAAGUGAUCCUGUGGAGGUGGUUGUGUCAGAUACCUCAUCUGUGGAGGCCAACAUCUGCCUGGGAUUAACCGGCCUUGUGUUACUUGCUCUGGUGCUGAUUGUGGCUGAGCCUGUGUACAGUUUAAGGGCACCUUUAAAUAGUCCUGACUGACCUUUCAGGAGGAAACAUUAAGAAAUGUAUUCAAAUGUCCACCAGAGAGUCUGUUGUUGGUAUGAUAAAGGAGUUUACGCCUCCGGCUAGAACUUGGCUCAAAUCCCCAUUUAGUUAUGAAGCUCAUUGGGUGACACUGGAUGAUGCUUUUUCUCAGCCUAGCCUACCCCACUGGCUUGCUGUGAGGAUAAAAUAGGGGAGGGAACCAUUAUGCUUUCCUUAAUGUCUCAAGAAACUAAUUAAUUAGUUAGUGAAUGACAUUUCUGAAGAUCUCGGUUUAAGAAAGGAAACAGUUGUUUUUUUAAAUAUUUGCUAUAUUUUGAAAAAGAGAAGCAUCUAUGAAUUUUGCUUAAAAAACAACAGGGGCUAGCAAAUAUAUAAAUAACUAGCAGACAGUACCGGGCAUUGCUCAGGAAAUUCUAACAAACAAAAAUCAGUGCAGUUUUUAAAGGCUCAGUCCACCUUCAUAACUGAAAAUGGCAUGCAAAAAUGUCUUCUUCAGUCUCAGGACCACCAUGCAAAAGUUUGUUACUACCUUGAUUCAGACAAAUCCAAACUGAGCAGUCCCACCUCCACUCACAGAAGCAAUCCAAAAUACAAGACCUGGUUACAAUCCACAGUCAUGACUCGGGCAACACAAGAGGCAAGGCCCGGAAUAAGUCCAAGGUCAAUAUGCAGGGGAAAGCUAGUCACCCACUAGGUUACACAGCAGGCCAGGGAGCAGGUGCAAGGAGACUAUUCUAGCACUCUCAACAGGAACUGGAGGCUUUUAGCCAGGAGCCUUCAGAACCCCACCAGAGCACAGCUGAGGGCCAUCUGGAUUGCCUGAGGAGCUUCCUCUACGUUUGAGGAGUAGCUUCCUCAAGCACCCUUGCUCUUAUGAUUGCUCAUAUCAUAAUCUUUAUGAUAUGAAGAGGAGCAACAAGGUCUUGAACAGCUUCUCACUACUUGUCCCAGCACUGGAUUCUGCCUUAUACAGUCCAUCUACAUCAGAUUUGUCUUCACUGAUUGAGAAUGCCUCGCCAGGUUUCGGACAGGGGAUGUUUCCAUCCGUAUCUGGAGAUUAGAGAUGGAAUGAUGUGUCAAUUACCCUUCUAUCAGUUUCUCAUUUUUCCAAUCUGAAAUUCAGGUCUCUGCAUUUUUGACGCAAUUGGCGGACUUCAACAUGUUAGUCCAAAUUUCUCCUACUGAGCACAUUUUUGU